CAGGGUCUGAGCAUCAUGGCCUCCACAGUCCUGCUCCUGCUCCUGGUCUCAGUGGCGUCUGCGUCGCAUCACAUGGGAGGAAGAACGGGCUUCACCUACAGAGGAAGAAACCCUGAUGGGACGUACAGAGUGGACUUUUAUAACCGGGACGCCUAUGACCGCUGUGUCUACUCACACCACUGGUUUUGUUACCAAGGCAACUGUGGCAGUGAACAACAAAACUCCUAUCAACAGAGAGCGAUAAUCGACAACAGCACCAACGCUCCAUCCUAUGAAAACCUUUGGUGUGAAACUGAAUCCGUCCAAACAAGACAUCUUCAGAGUAACAAACCUUUUUACAUGAGGGUGAGCAGCUGUUGUUGGAUUCAAACACGUAACGCUGUCGGCAACUGGAGGCUCAUGACUUUUGUUGAUUUGGGAACAAGAUCUGACACCAAAGAACCAAACAGAUCACCAGACUUUGGCAUUCUACCUUUCCUACGAGUUCCUCAGAACUGUCCCCGGACCUACAAGCUGGUAAACUUUGAUCCAGACGGUGACAAGGUUCGAUGCCGAUACGGAAAUAUCCCAAGUUUAGAGUGCAGCAGGUGUGACCAACCUCCAGGCUUCUACCUAAACCAGGACACCUGCACAUUACAAUACAACAGCGCCAGCCAUGACUACAGGAUUUUUGGGUUUGAGAUGAUGGUGGAGGACUUCCCUCAAGCGCCCAUCAUUCUGAGCUACUCAGACGGAUCUCAGUCCUACAGAAAUCCAAUCUCCAAGAGGAAGAAGAGAGGAGUCCACCCUUAUUGGUAUUACACCUCCUCAACUUCAGCACCAACCUCAACACCUACAACUACACCUACAACACCAGCUCAGGCGGUAACACCAAACUCAUGGCAUUGGGGGUGGUGGACUACCAGUGCAUCAACUACACCUACAGCACCAGCUCAGACUGUAACACCAAGCUCAUGGCAUUGGGGGUGGUGGACUACCAGUGCAUCAACUACACCUACAGCACCAGCUCAGACUGUAACACCAAGCUCAUGGCAUUGGGGGUGGUGGACUACCAGUGCAUCAACUACACCUACAGCACCAGCUCAGACUGUAACACCAAGCUCAUGGCAUUGGGGGUGGUGGACUACCAGUGCAUCAACUACACCUACAACACCAGCUCAGACUGUAACACCAAACUCAUGGCAUAUGGGGGGGUGGACUACCACUGUAUCAACCACACCUGCAGCACCUACCCAGCCUCUCAGUAAACUCCCCCUGCAUUUCUCCCUCCUUGUGGACCAACCUGUUCCCUCAUGUCAUCCGGGGGACUACCUGCCGAAGUAUCUCAGCCCGACUCCUGAAAACGGAGCGCACAUUCACGCAGAGGUCGGCAAAGAAGUGGAGAUCCGAGUCAAAGCACAGGCAGCAUAUUCUACAAUUGAAAACAUCAUCAUGAGCGGGCCGCAGAAUACCAGAAAGCACAAGAACACCCAUAACGAGUUUGUCCUAACGUGGACACCGACUCAAGACGACCUGGGAAACCACUACGUGCUCUGCUUUGCCGUGGAAGCAAAGACCGGGUUGAACGUCUACCAGUCAGACAUGAGGUGUGUCGUUGUGGACGUUGGGAAGAAGAUCGUGGAAGCCAAAGUGAUCUGCACCGAGACCACGAUGACAGUGGAGGUGGACAAAUCCACAUUUCCUCAACUCCACGAGGAUCAUUUGCGGCUCAGUGACCCCUCCAACGUCAUCUGCAGCCUAAAGACUCACUCCAACAGCACCCACGUGAUCGGCAUCAUCCCCCUGAACGCCUGCGGCACUCAGAUCGAGGAAGACGAUGAGUUCCUGAAGUUCAAGAACGAAAUCACCACGUUUGAUAACGUCACAGACUUGAUCACCAGGAAACACCUGCUGGAGGUUCAGUUCUACUGUCAGUACCCCAAACGAGGGAACGUGACUCAGAGCUUCCUGGCACACAGGAAGAGCAUCACAGUCUGGGAGAAAGGCAUGGGCCAGUUCACAUACCAGUUCGAGUUUUAUCCCGAUGUGCAGUUCAGGACCAAGAUCGAUCCCAACUCCUACCCUCUGGACUACUACCUGGGGAACCGCAUCUACAUGCAGAUCGAGGCCACGUCUUCAGUCAACAACACCGUGAUGUUUGUGGAGUCCUGCAGAGCUGCACCGUACGACAACCCAAACUACAAGCCAGUCUACUCCAUCAUCGAGAACGGGUGCAAAGUGGACCAGACUGUUGAUAUCCACUCCCCUGACCACGCCCAGCAGUUCAGGAUGAGCCUUGAGGCCUUCAAGUUCAUCGGUUUGCACGACCAGGUGUACAUCAGCUGCUCAGUCCUGAUGUGCCGGGCAGGAGACCCCAACACCAGGUGUGCACAGGGAUGCAUCAACCCUCCGCAGGCUCAGAGUCAGCCCCAUGGCAGGCGAAAGAGAGCAAUCGUCACCCAGAGCUCGGCCCACAUGGUUUCCCAGGGUCCUCUGCGUUUGAGGAGAUCAGCAGAGCGUGCAGACAGCCCAGCGAUGAACCUGAACCUGAACCUGAUUUUCAUCGCUGGAUGUCUUCUUGCAGCCGUUGGCAUGAUCAGUGGAGUGGUCCUUUAUAAAGCCAGGAUAACCAAGGUCAAAUACCAGCCUCUGUCCACGUUUGAGAGUUAAGAUGAGCAGAAGGUUAUCACACUUUGGGUUUAGGUCUGUUAAGGGAUACUGGGUGGUGUGUGUUUUAUGAUUUAAAUGAUGAAUGUCUAUUGAUCAUUUUAUGGAAAGCACUUUAAAUUGCCUUGUUGCUGAAAUGCGCUUUAUAGAUAAAUUUGCUUUGCUUGCCUUGCCUAUUGACUUGUACAGAGUUCUUUAAAGGUGGGAGGGUUGUGAGAGCUGUGCAAAGGAAGAGCAGUAAAAAAGCUUGUUAUUGAUCAGCACUGAAGGAACGGUGAUCAUCGAGCACUGCAGCUGCACGGUGAUUAUUCAGGGAUAUUAAGCAGCUUCACAAGUGCUUCAGAUAAUGAUAAAUCCUGUCCUAUCACUUAAAUACUACUUGUGUGCUUUUAAAGCAGCCUGGUAGAAACAAACAGAAUGUUUGAAUCAUGAAGAAUUGAUCAAUAAAGUAUGAUCUUGAUUGUC